CGUGGGUAUACAUGGAAGAAAAAAAAGAUCAUUAAAACAUUAUAUUUUUUAAUCGAAUAUUUAUUUCUUCCUCUUCAAGUAUUUUAACAUAGCAACAAACGUUACGAUAAAAAAAAUAGGGUGCAAGAUCCUCGGAGUCACAUGCAUGAGAAUAUUUACAGUACGUAUUUACAGCGCGCACAGCAUCCUUCGCCCCUCUCUCCUUUCUCACUACAUAUUAUUACGUACUACACGUUCGAACUUGAAAUCUCAAAUGUCAGUCGUGUGCGUACUUCGAACGAGUGAGGGUUGUGUGGUGUCUCCGAGGACUUCGGAAGCUAUUUAGAACGAACAAACGAAGAUAAACAGAUAAUCUCUUGAAAGAUGCUUCCAUCAUCGAGAAGUACGUGGAAAUCAGCAUACUAUUACAAUGCCGAUAACAGUUACGCUUUUUAUCGUACCACCGAUAUUAAUUUGGAAGAUGCGAAUAAAUCGGUUAAACCAGCGAGAACAUUAAAGUUUGUACCACGAAGCAGCAGUACUCGAAACUAUUCUCCUCAGAGGAAACAUAUUCCUCGAACGAUUCGUUUGACAGAAUAUCAGGAAGCUGUACUUGAGGAUCAAUUUAAAAGAUGGCCAAGGGCACCUCAUACAGGUGAUAUUGUUCUGUUGGCAGCGGAGACAGGCCUGUCCGAAGAUGACGUCCAGGAUUGGUACGCUAUAAGAUUGGCUCAAUGGAGAAAGGAACAAGGUCUUGGUGGAAAUCUAGGAUUGCACUGAUGCGUGUUUCCGAACAUGUCGAAAAUAAAAUAAUUUGUGUACCUGAAGUAGAAGUUAAUGAUCAUAUCAUUUGUUAUGCAUAACAAAAUUAUUGAUAUGAGAGAAAUAAUAGUACUGCGUUAUAUUAAAAAACGAAUACCAAUACGAAAAACGAUUAUUGACUUCCGAGAAGAGAAGUAAGUUUUAAAAAAAUAUCUUUUAAGAUUCUUUUUUGAAAAACCAAAGAGAGUUUUUUUCUCAUACAAUUGAUUAACUUGAACACUUCUUUUAGUAUCUAACCAUUAUAUUCUAUAGAAUAUAGUUUAUUGCUUUUAAGAUAUUAAGCAUAUAAUAAUUGCAUAAAUAUAAUUAGUGGAAUUAUUAUAUAGUGUUAUAUAUAAAAAUAUAUUAUCAAUAAUACAAUAUAUUAAUGCACUAUA